AUGGGACCGCCGGCUAAGAUACCAGUACCAGACAACGAAGAUCGUCCGGUCUCCGUCAGCUUGCGACAACGAUGGACACUGGUUAAAACAAUCCAACAACACUUCUGGCAGAGAUGGCAGCGGGAGUAUUUAACAACGUUGCAACCACGCAAAAAAUGGCUGAAAAUAGCCAUAGACCUCAAGGUGGGUCAACUUGUUCUAAUCAAAGAACCAUCACCAGCCCUCACGUGGAAAACCGCUCGUAUCGUGGAAGUUUACCCAGGAACGGAUGCCAUAACCCGGGUCGCUGAUGUCAAGUUGGCCAACGGUACCGUUCUACGUCGUCCCGUGGUCAAGCUAUGCCCUUUGCCACUAUCCAAUUGA